AUGUUUGAACAAAUGCCUUCUUUCGACGGCGACAAAGGCCAUGACCGCCUUGAACGAGCAAUUGUCGAAGAACAUCGUCGAACAACACAAUUAACGCCUCAUAAAUCCAAACCCCGCACCUACAGUCCCCAUUCCGUCGAAAGUUUCCAUCAGGCAAUUUUACGAGCUCCCCGCUUGAAAUCUGAGCUGCGUCGCGAAUCCGAGGACAUCGAGCUAAUCCAAAUGAAAACCCUGGCCUCCAUGAUUCCCGAUGAAAUUCUCAUGCAUCCGCAGGAAAACGCCGCCGUUCGUCACUUUGAAGCUGCCAUCAUGAUCACCGAUGCCUCUGGAUUCACGGAUUUGUCGGAAAAAUACAACAAAGUCGGCAAAGGAGGUGCUUCCAUGUUGAGUGCCGUGCUGAAUUCCUACAUGGGCACCAUGGUCCAGGAGAUUUUGGCGCAAGGAGGGGACGUUUUAAAGUUCAGCGGCGACGCAAUGUUGACAAUUUUCAAAGUUUCCGGCACCACGACGAUGCACGAUGCGGUCCACAAGGCACUCGACACAGCACUGAUCAUCCAAAAUCGCUGCGGAAAAUACAAAACGGACGUCGGCGUGAUUCUAAAGUCAAAAAUUGCCAUUUCCGCGGGCAGUGUAAGCUUUUCCAUGAUCGGCACGGAGCAAUAUUCGCAUUAUGUGUUGGUCGGACAACCACUUUGGGACACAAAAUCCUGCGAACAAGCAGCUACAUCGGGUCAGGUGUUGGUAACGAGUCAAGCGUGGCGCUACAUUAACGCGAACGAGUAUUUGUACGAGUUUUUGGACGACAAACAUUUGUACAAUUUGAUGGGAUUCCGUGACGAAUGGCGAUUUGUGCAACGGGGACACGAGGAUUUCGGCGAAGUUGAUCGAUUUUUGGGGAAAAAUGACAUUGGCGACACCAAAGAACGCGAUUUGUUCCUCGAGCAGCACAUAAAAGCGGAAUUUUUCGAAAGACCGAGCAUGAAAAUUGCUUUUGACAAGCAGACGAGGGGAUUUUUGCGGCGAUUUAUGAUCCCAACGCUCAAUCGAGCGAUCGAAAUGAACGAACCGAUCGAACAUUUGAACGAAAUGCGACAAGUUGUGAUCGUUUUCGUGAAUUUGGUGACAGAUGAUGCCAGUGACGCGUUGCUAAUUGACGUCGCGAACGAAACUUUUCAAGAAAUCUGCAAAAUUUCGGCCUUUUAUGAGGGAACGCUCAACAAAGUCUCACUUUUCGACAAAGAUCUGAUGUUUCUCGUGAUUUUUGGGCUCCGUGGCUUCAAGCAUCACGUCCAAAGUCAAAUUGCGCUGCGUUGCGGAUCGGAAAUUAAGAAUUCCCUGAUCAACCAUCGACAUGUGAUAACGGCGUCAGUUGGUGUGACGACCGGAAAUACCUAUUGUGGCGUCGUGGGAUACGAAAAAAGGCGGGAAUAUUCGGCAAUUAGUGUCAAAGUUAAUAAAGCGGCGCGUUUGAUGAUGGCUUACCCGAAUAAAGUGACGUGCGAUAAGGAAACGUACAUCGGGAGCAAUUUAUCGUCGAUGCAUUUCACGCCGCAGCCGCAAAAAGAGCUGAAAGGACUGCAAAAUGUCGGAGUUGUUUACGAAUUUUUGGAAGUUGCGGUUUAUCCGAUUCAUUUGACGCCCCAGGGACGAGAAUUUUCCUUCCUAGGACGGAGUGAUUUCAUGCAAGCCUUUGAAAAAAGGCUUUUUUAUGCGAUGCAGUUGUCGGAGGACAGCAAAAAACAGCUGCAAGAGGAAAAAAGACAAAUUAGUGUGUUGAUUUUGGGCGAAACGCGUGAAGGAAAGUCUUGUUUGUUGGAUGAAAUGUUCGCUUUUACCUAUGAAAGGGCGAUCAAAUGCUUUAAAAUUAAGAAUCACGUUCAUCAUGCAAGGACUCCGUAUACUCUGACGUCUCUUUAUAUGAAUAUUCUGCUUGGAGGAAAUUCCGAGAGUACGACAAUGUCACGGCAGAAGGCGAUUGAAGUGGCUCUUAAUAAAUUUCAAGUGAGGCAGCUUUACUUCGCCCUCAACCCAAUCCUAAAAGUCGAAUUUCCUGUGCCACCGAUGACUGAAGAGCUCAAAUCCCGUUACGACGAAAUUCAACGCCGAAUGUUCAAGUUACUCUGUCGCACCAUCAUCAAAGACUUCUGGGUAAUUUUCAUCGACGACAUCGAAUUCGCGGAUGACGAGUCCGUUCUCCUCUUAAACGAAGUUUUCGAGAUUUUUCACGUAUUUUUCGUCAUCACCACCGGCAACAAAAGAAAAAUAUCAAAAAUAGCCGCGAAAAUUUUCAAACAAUUCAACAUAAAAUCCUUCGUUUUGGGCCCAAUCGAGCAACUGCACCAAAAAACGCUCGCCUGUCAAUUCUUGAAUGUCGACGCAAUCGACAUCGAUAUCGAGCGCGUGAUAAAUUUGAACAGUAACGGCAACCCCGGAUGGAUUCGUCGCUUUUUGAUCUCCAUGCAGCUUGAUCGGGUAAUAAAUAUCGAAGAAAUGAGUGUCAACGAAGCCAAGUCACGUGGUUAUGUGUUCAAAGAUGAGCGCGCAAAUCACCACAAAAUGUCCAUGGAACGUCCUUCGGGCUCAACUUUUCAAUUUUGCACCGUUCAAUUUCCGGAUUUUAACAAAAAUGGUGAAAAAUGUGGGAAAAUUCUUCGUGUUGCGACAUUGCCGCCGGAUUUUAAUGCCGAAAAAUUGGAAAUUGAAGCACCGGAUGACGUUCACAUCAUGAUCCAAUAUGACUCGUUGUCGUCGUUCGAGCAACAAAUCGUGAAAUGUUGCUCCGUUUUGGGAAAAACUUUUUUCCGAUCGAUGACUUCGCAUUUGCUGCGUGGAAAUGAACGCGCCAUUUCUCAAGCAAUCCAACAUUUGUUCGAAUUAAAAAUUUUCGCGUGUGCCGGCGGGAAUUUUAUGCACGGAAAUGUCUUGAUCCAGAAGCAAAUGAUGAAAAAUUCCGAUCGUGAUGACGUCUCGUGUCUUUGUACUCACCUGAGAAUCCCGGAAAACUGCGUUGAUUUGCCUCGUUACGCCAAUUGUGGCUACAUAAAAUUCAAAUCUGAGCUUUUUAUGAAGGCAUCUUACGAUUUAUUGACUGACGGGCAGCAAAAAGAGUAUCACAUGAAGGCACUGAAAUAUCUCGAGAACGAGUCGAAGCGAUGUGAGGCAUGCGGAAGUUCCUAUUUUGAGAACUUGGAGUACAUAAAAGACGAAAUAAUCGCCGAUGAGCCGCAAAAAAUAACGUCUGAAGUGCUGUUUGGUGAGGCAAAGACGAAUAAAUGGGGAAUUCAUUCGAGUUCGUCCAUUACGAGGAUGAGUGAUUCGCAGAGGUCGAGCAUUACGUCGUCGUCGUUGACGAAGAGGGCGAAAUUUUUCAUGACAAAGACGUCGGAGAAGGCACUGAUUUUCAAAUUUGGGAGUUUUACCUUUGUGCAUUGCGAGUGCAAUAUGAUUUUGUAUUUGACGUUUAGUCAAAUGAUUCGGCAUGCAAAGGGAGCAAAUUCUUACCAAAAAAUCGUCGAAACAAUGUUACAAAAAACGGAAGUCUGCAUCGACAACUGGAACUACAUCAAAGCUCUUCACAUCCUCGACGAACUCGAGUCCUACAUGACCGACGCCACUUUAUUCCGCGAUCACGGUUACUUUAUCUUCUUCAAAUCUCGCCUUUUCACGCUCCAAGCAAUCGCCAGUACGGGUCUCAAUCAACUCGCAACUGCCCGUUUGAUGCUUGCUAAAAGUUGUGAAGUCCUCAACCUUCCUUUUCCGAAGCCAAAUCGAUCAAAUGUCAAAUUUGCGUUGAAAUUAGCCAACAAAACGCGGAAUUUCCUUAAAAAUCAUCCAUAUGGCGGAAAAAUAUCAAAAGUUAGCUUAAUUUACGAGUUGGUAACUAUUCAAAUUGCCGAAUGCUCGACCGCCAUGUUUGUUUUGUUCAAAAAGACCCGCGAACAUGACUUGUCGUUAACAAUGGCGGCGAUUGCGUUGUACAAAGCGACUUGUUAUAGUCACAAUUAUGCGUUAAUUAUAAAUUGUUAUGCGAAUUUUUUGAAUGUGGCAUUUAAAUUUGGGUUAACGCAUCAUUUGAAGUGGAUGAAGACGAAAUCUUUCGAAUUGGCGAUCUAUGCGAUGAAACAAGGAACUGAUCAAAAGUUGUUACAAGCUGUUUCAAGUCUUUUUUACUCGUUGGUGUUCUCAAUCGCUCAUGAACCAGAAAAAGAUUUCGCCAUCAACCUUUCGUACAUGAGCCUCCAUAUCAACAAAAGUUGCAAAGCAUCUCCCGAACAAUGGAAAGUCCUCCCGAUGCUCAUCAGUCUCUUACUCUCCCAAAAACGAGUCGGCGACAUCCUCAUUUUACUCCAACAACAUUUCGAGUCUGUCAAAAAUAACGAAGAUCGCACUGGGCUAACUUGGCACUACGCCCUCUGUUUAGACAUUCUCCUCGAUGCGAGUUUCAUGAUUGUUCCUUUUCACGUCUGCAUGACUUUCUACAUGGAAAACAUCGAGAUUUUAUCGCAUCUGCAAGAUCCCUUUGGCAUUUCCCGCUUUUAUUCAAACAUGUGGUUGUGGUGCGUGCGAACCAAGUCAUGGGCAUCUGCGCAAAUUUUUUACGAAAAUAUCCAAAAGAAAUUUAAUUUGUCGAUUUAUGAUUCUUCGGACAAUCUCAUGACAGCAAUUCGUGUUUUGGAAGCCUUAAUUUUGACUUUUCUUCGAGCAAUGGAGACACGAAAUCUAGUUUCGAUGGAAGAAAUUGAAACGGAAAUAAGAAAACUCAUGAAAUCAAUUGAGGAAGCUUUGGUUGACAAAAAUUAUCAUGGCGAGAGAUUUAUUUUGCUGAGGACUUAUUUUUCGCAAAUCACGAAUUAUAAAUUAUUGGAUCAGAAUUUGUUCGUUUUGAGGACAACGGCGUCAAAUUGUUUGAUAACGGGAAAUUUUUACAUUUAUGAAAUGAUUUGUCAUCAUAUUAGGGCUUGGUCAAAAUCCCUCCCUUCCGAAUUCGAGACCUUCUGGACAACCUUUGCCACGGAAAAACACGACGAACGUUAUUCCUACGAAGAAUGGUGCAAAACUGGCAAACGUCUCUUCCCGUUCACACUUCCCAUGCCAACAAUCAUCUAA